AUGUCGGCCCCCAACCCUAAGGCUUUCCCUCUGGCUGAUGCCACCCUCACCAACCAGAUCCUCGAUCUCAUCCAGCAGGCUUCCCACUACAAGCAGCUCAAAAAGGGUGCCAACGAGGCUACCAAGACUCUCAACCGUGGUAUCUGCGAGUUCAUUGUCAUGGCUGCCGACGUCGAGCCCAUCGAGAUUGUCCUCCACCUUCCCUUGCUCUGCGAGGACAAGAACGUUCCUUAUGUCUUUGUUCCCAGCAAGACUGCUCUUGGUAGGGCCUGUGGUGUUUCGCGCCCUGUCGUCUCGUGCUCGGUCACAACCAACGAGGCUAGGGAGCUUCAGAGCCAGAUCCAGACCGUCAAGCUUGCUAUCGAGCGUCUUCUCAUCUAA